AUGGGGGAGAGAAGUAGGAGACAGAGGGAGAACACAUCUUGGUGCCCACCUACUGAAGGCACUGUAAAAAUCAAUGUUGAUGCUGCUAUUUAUGGAGAUGAUGGGGCUAGUCUAGGGGUGGUAAUAAGGAAUCAUACGGGUGGGGUGAUCAGAGUAGGAGUGCGCCUAGUUCGAAGUAAAUGGAAUGUGGUUAUAGCAGAAGCUAAGGCCAUGGUUUUUGGCCUGCAAUUGGCAUCACAGUGCAAUUCAUCGUCGAUUAUAAAUGAGAGUGAUUGCUUAGAGGUAAUAAAAAAGAUGAAGGAGCGUGACUUGGGUUGUUCACAGUUAGGGAUGAUUCUUAGAGAAGUUGAUAAGCUUGCUAGUUUAUUUAACAAUGGUUUGUUUUCUCAUGUAUUUAGAGAGACUAAUGAAGCAGCCCAUACCAUGGCCCGUAUUCAACCUUUAUAG